AAAUGAGUUUGUGAGAGGGGGAAGGAAGAGAGAGGAGAGAGGAGAGAGGAAAUGUGUUUUUAUGGGUUGUGAAAGAGGCAAGAGAGAGAAACUUUGUUAUUGGUUGGGCAAUGCCAACAUGACAACCCAAAAACAUCAAAAAAUGGAUGGUUAUUGGGGAUGCUCUAACACUUCCACCCCUUCUAAAGACCGAUACUGAGUUAGAUAACUGACUUUUGGUUUAGGAAACUUAUUUUAGUUAAAAGACAAAACCGGGCAAUGCAAAUCACAUGUAUUGGGCUAUGAAUUUUCUUAUUUGUGCCACACAUUUAACAAUUAGCUAAUAAAAAACAUGGGCUAUAGAUCUCCUUAUUUGUCCAACCCAUUUAACAAAUUUGCCUACUAAAAAACAAGGCAACUAGACGCUGAAGCCAUGGACACGAAACUUUAAUGGAUGAUCAUCCAUCUUGUUAAAUUCGCCUUUUUUGUGUUUGAAACUGAACCGAAUUUGGUUUUUCGGUUUAGUCAUGCCAUCUCUUCUAAAGCUGAGCCUUCACAGCCACUUUCCUAGCCAAGCUGAGCUCUUCCCACUAUCAUGCGCCCAAUGAUUAUCAAGUGCAUUUUCAGUUUCAUGAUAUGUUAUAAACAUUUUAAUAAUAAAAGAAGACUAUGAUCUACAAAUUUGUGAAUAUGAUUCCAUAAGCUUUGUUUAAAUAAAAAGACACGUCUGAUGCGCGAAGUGCGCAAGGAGUUCACGAUUCAGAAAAGCGCCUCGGAGCCUUACAGCGGUACAUUAUGCACAUUUGGGUUAAAAUUGGUCAAACUUUGUUAAAAGGUGACAUGUAAAAGCAGACAAACGGCUGAAGAAUUUUAUGAACAGUUGACUUGCUAAAAAGACUAAUGUGUAAAAUAUACGAGACAGGUGCAACUUUUGGUCUUUCAUAAAGCUUAUUCGGUUGUACAUGUGAAGUUCUUUCAUCACGCCUUGAAAGCCGGGACCUAAACGUCUAUGAGGAAGUUGAGAUCCUUGAUUCAGGUAUCUGAUACGCUAUGAUUUCAUGCAUUUACAUGACCCAAUGGAGCCAAAAAAAAAAAUGUCCAUGGGUGUAAUAAGAGACCUAAAGAGCCAACCUACUUUGGCAGAUCAACAUGGGUCUAAGAUCCAACUAUUAAACGUAAGUUAGGUUUUAAUUUAGAGCACGAUCCAUUAAGUAAUGGGCCAGAUUAGAUUAGUUCCCUAGUUGUUAAAUCCAAAUUCAGCCCAUUAAUAAUUAGGGUGAAACAAGGUCACUUGGAAUUAAUAAUUAAUUAAGUCUUCAUCGUGGAUUACAGUGCAUUUUGUGAACUGCUACAGAUCAGAUCUAUUUAGUCAACAGGUUACAGAUCAGAUCUAAUUCAUUCACAUAUUUUCUUGUUAUACACAGUUUCCUCCAUCACCAACCACCAUAUACUAACAAUGGCGGCUGAAACCAUUGCAGCUGAAAUCCUGAAAGACGUUUUGAAAACCCUGACCUCUGAAGCCUUCAACAGGUAUGAUCGGUCCAAAGGCAUUCAUUCAGAGCUGAAGAAACUAGAAACCACAUUGAUAAAGAUCCAGUCUCUGCUUAAUCAUGCUUCUCAGAAGGAAACAACUGAUGAAGCUGUUAAACAGUGGCUGAAUGAUCUCCAACACCUGGCUUACGACAUAGAUGACGUGCUUGAUGAUUUAGCAACUGAAGAUAUGCGUCGUGAGUUCGACCAGCAAUCUGGAGCCAUGACCAGCCAGGUAAGAAAGCUCAUCCCAACUUGUUGCAUCAAUUUAUCACUAAGUGAGAGGAUGCAUCCCAAGUUAGAUUAUAUAACCGCCAAAUUUGAAGAUCUAGAAAAGGAGAAGGAUCGUCUAGGUUUGAUUAAUCUAAAAGAAGAAAAACCGAAAAGACCUUAUCAGACCUCUUUGUUAGAUACAUCUGGUAUUGUUGGAAGGCAGGAGGAAAUAAAGGAAUUGCUAGUGAAGCUAUUUGAGAAUGGGUCAUGUAGUCACAACUUUAGCAUCGUGCCCAUAGUUGGUAUGGGUGGGUUAGGGAAAACCACUCUAGCAAGAAUUUUGUAUGAUGAUGCGGAAGUUAAGAAGCACUUUGAACUCAAGGCUUGGGUUAGUGUCUCAGAUCAAUUUGAUAUCUUAAAUAUAAGCAAAGUUAUCUUACAAUCUGUGAAGGGGGAGGACAAGGAAUUUGGGGAUUUAAAUCUGCUUCAAGUAGCUCUUAGAAAGAAACUUAGGGAUAAAAGAUUUUUAAUGGUAUUAGAUGAUGUUUGGAGUGAGAGCUUUGACAACUGGCAGACCCUAGUGAGCCCGUUUCAUGCAUGUGCUCCUGGUAGUAAAAUUAUAAUGACAACCCGAAAGGUGCAAUUGCUCACAAAGUUGGGUUAUGAUCAUCUAAACCAUGUGCAGACUCUCUCACAUGACGAUGCUGUUACCUUAUUUGCUCAACAUGCGUUGGGUGCAAAUAACUUUGAUUCGCAUCUAAUUCUAAAACAAUAUGGUGAAGGCAUCGUGAAAAAAUGUGAUGGCUUGCCUUUGGCUUUAACAGUACUCGGACGGUUAUUGACGACCAAGACUGAAGAAGAAGAGUGGAAGGAGCUGUUGAAUAAUGAGAUUUGGAGUUUAGGAGAAAAAGAUGAGAUUGUCCCAGCUCUUAGACUUAGCUACAAUGAUCUUUCUGCAUGUUUGAAGCAGUUGUUUGCGUAUUGCUCUUUGUUCCCCAAGAACUAUGUGUUUAACAAAGAACUGUUGAUUUUACUUUGGAUGGCGGAAGGUUUUUUGAACCCGUCAUCUUCCAACAAGUCACUGGAACGGUUAGGUCUUGAAUAUUUUGAAGAGUUGGUGUCAAGGUCAUUCUUUCAACAUGCACCUAAUAACAAAAAUUCAUUUGUUAUGCAUGAUUUGCUGAGUGACUUGGCUACAUCCGUUGCUAGGGAAUUCUUUUUUAGAUUUGACGAUGAAAUGGUGAAAGAUGUUAGGAAGGAGGCCUUGGAAAAGUGUCGCCAUAUGUCAUUUGUUAGUGACCAAUAUGUAGUUUACUCAAAGUUCGAUCCAUUCACAAGAGCUAAAAGUUUGAGAACAUUCUUAUCCUUAAACGAAAUAGGUAGUUUUGAAAAGUUCUACUUAUCUAGUAAGAUUCUAGUUGACUUACUUCCCGGAUUACCAAUGUUAAGGGUUCUACGUUUGAAUAAUUUAUGCAUCAGCAAGGUGCCAGAGACCAUUGGCAGUUUGAAGCAUCUCCGGUAUCUUAAUUUAUCUAAAAACCCAAUCACACAUUUACCAGAAAGUGUUGGCAAUCUCUACAAUUUGCAAACAUUACUCCUUACUUGUUGUAGUGACUUAAUUAAGUUGCCCAACAGCUUCUCAAAGCUUAAAAACUUGCGGCAUUUGAACAUUUACGGAACUCCGCUUUUGAAUAAGUUACCUCUGUGGAUUGGCCAAUUGAAAAGCCUACAGACUCUCACCAAGAUCAUUGUUGGAGGAGAUAAUGACCUUGCAAUAACCAAGAUUAAAGACCUUACAGUUUUUUUGGGGUGGAUUCACAUCAAGGGGCUGGACAAAGUGGAAAUGUCAAUGCAUGCACAAGAGGCAAACUUAUUGCAUAACAGGUUUGCUUUCUUAGAACUAGAAUGGAGUGAUGUGUUUGAUGGUUCUCGAAACGAGUCUCUUGAAAAGGAGGUCCUCUGUGGGUUGAAGCCUAAUAGUGCUAGUUUGACACUCCUUCACAUAGUUUCAUACGGGGGUAUAGAAUUUCCUAAUUGGGUUGGGGAUCCAUCGUUUCUUCAGUUGACUGAGGUGCGUAUACAUGGCUGUAAAAACUGUACAUCUUUACCACCACUUGGCCAGUUACCAUCACUCAAGAAGUUGUUUAUUGAAGACAUGGAUGAGGUGAAAGCUAUGGGUUCAGAGUUAGUAGGGACUGGUCUUCCAUUCCCUUCACUUGAAGUUCUUAAAUUAAAAAAUAUGAAGAGGUUGGAAGUAUGGUUAACCAAUAAUGGGGUUGUGCCGUUUCCAUGCCUUAAAAAGCUUGUUGUAAGAAAUUGUCCUAAUUUGGUUCAAGUGUCACCUGAAGCUCUACCUUAUUUGAAUAUUCUAAAAGUAUCUGAAUGUGAUAGCGCUGUGUUGAGAAGCUUGGUUCAAGUAGCUUCAGGAGUUGUGGAUUUGCAAAUAGAAAGUAUUUCAGGGCUUGAUGAUGUGGUGUGGAGAGGUGUUAUAGAGUAUCUUGGAGCAGUCGACUAUUUGACCAUAAAAAAGUGUAACGAAAUAAGAUACUUGUGGGAGUCGAUGGCUAGUAAGGCUCUUAUACAUUUAAGGUAUUUGGAUGUACGGAAAUGUCAAAAGUUGGUGAGAUUAGGAGAGAAAGAGGAAGGGGAUAGUUGUGGGAGCAACGUCAUAACAACUCUUAGUUCAUUAAAGAUACAAAAAUGUGAGAGUAUGGAGCAUUGUAGGUGUCCAAAUAACAUUGAGGAGUUGGACAUCUCAGAUUGUCCUUCCAUUACAUCUAUUUCAUUUCUUACAACAGCUGGAGGGCAGAAGCUCAAGAAUCUUUUCAUUAAAGAUUGUGACAAACUGUUAGAAAAGGAGCUGCUAAUAUUUGGAGGGGAUAACACUAGGGUGCUUGUCAACAACACAAGCAUGCCAAUGCUUCAAAGUGUAAGUAUAAUCAGAUGGCCAAAUCUGACAAAGAUCAUUGAAUUGAAGCAGUUGAUUCACCUUACCUCCCUGGCGAUAGGGAGUUGUCCAAAUAUGGAGUCAUUUCCUGACCACGAGCUGCCUUGUCUCACCUCCUUAACCAACCUGGUAAUAUACAAUUGCCCAGGUGCAGAUGCUUCCUUUCCUCGUGGGUUUUGGCCUCCCAAUCUGCAAAGCCUUAAAAUAGGGGGGUUGAAGAAGCCCAUCUUAGAGUGGGGACCACAGAAUUUCCCAACCUGAGAUUCAGAUGAAGAUGAUGUGAGUAGAUGCAGUCAGUUGUCUUAUCUUCUUCCUUCAUCUCUUACUUAUCUUGGGUUAAUUGGCUUUGAGAAACUGAAAUCAGUUUCUUCAGUGGGACUCCAACACCUCACCUCCCUCCAACAUCUGUUAUUAUGGCAUUGCCCAAAGAUGAAGCAUCUACCAGACAUUCUGCUGCCUUCACUUUUGAGUUUAACCAUCGAUGAAUGCCGAAAUCUAGAAGGAAGGUGCAGUAGAAGAGGCUCCUAUUGGUCCCGCAUCUCUCAUAUCGCCUGCAUCAGAAUAAACGAAGGACCUUCUUCUCUUUUUGAAACUACCUGAUUGAUUUUGCUAACAUUUAACCAACAAAUUUCAUUGUUUCAAGGAUUCACUCAAAUCAAAGAUGGAUUGAUUAUAACUAGACCAAACCAUAAUUUCUUGGAGCCGUAAUUCACGCAGCAGGGACAAAAUAAAGCAUUACUUGAGAGGCCAAGUAAGGAAAUAUUGAAUAACAGGCGGUUUACAGGAGGAGCAAAUACGCAGCGAUCGAUCGAAAUUAAAUUACACAUAUCAGUCAUAUGUGUACCAGAUAUUUUGCCUGACAAUGAAGCUAGGGUUUGUGUUCAGUUCGAUUUUAACAGAUUGUUACGGCGUGUUCCAAAUCCAACGGUUCGAUUUUACAAUAGGACCUGCCAACUGUUCGACGAAAUGCCUCAGAGAACACAAGGUUUAUACACUGGGUUUUUUGAUGUUCUUAAUCUUGUUGAGCGUUGUAAAGUAAGACCUGAUCUUCAAAGUGUGGCAAAUGUCCAUGCUUUAGCAUUGAAAGUUGGUGUUGUUGCAGUAAGUGUAUUUGUUCAAAUGUUGGAGGAUGGAAUCAAGUUUGAUUCUUUAACUCUUUUGAUUGUCGUUUCAGCGGUUUUGAGAGUUGCAAAGAGAUUAGGAUAUUUAGAACUUGUUCAUAGUUUAGCUGUAUAAAAUGGUUUGCUUUCGGAUUGUGAUCUGCAAAAUGCUCUGAUCAGUUCGUACGCUAAAUAUGGUGGCUUGGGCUGCUCGGAGAGAAUGUUUCUUGAAACAGAAAUGAAAGACAAGAUUUCAUGGAACUCGACAAUAAGUGGUUGUUUAAGCAAUGAUCGGCCCGAUAAAUUUCAUUGGAUUUGGAAUUUGCAAAUUGAACAGAAGAGAAUAGGUGGUGGUUUGAAGAAUAAAAAAUUAAUGGGGUGUGGUCGACCCCCGUACCUAUGCCUUAGGUACGCCACUGGUAGGGUGGAUGAGGUGUGACUAAAGCUGUCUGAAGAGGAGGAUGUGGUGGUCCGGUGGAAAAAGAGUUUGUGGUACUAGUGCCAUUGCCGGAUGAGAAGGAGAUUGAGAGGAUUGUUUUUUUGGAGAGGAAAAAGAUGAGCUGUUGAGCAGAGGUAUAUGCCAGUGAGAAUCUGUUGGAGGAACAGAUUGAAGCUAAGACAAUGCUCAAUAUUCAGCGUUUUAUCGUCCAUAUGAUUACUUGUUGAGAGCAACAUCUCGCAUACGUGAAGCUCCUGCCUUGGUUUUCGGGACCUAAAUGUUUCAGAGUGCCUCGCGCUUUCUAAAGCAGGUGCAGAAGAUGUUUGAUUAUGCUUGCUAGUCGUACUCUUGAUUUAUCUAAUGUAGUUAUGAUCUUCGAUUUAGAUCAUGUAGCAACUCUCAAUUCAGGACCGAGGUCACCGGGUUCUCGUCGAAGACAAUCCCCCGUCAGCCCCGCCUCUCGGACGCGAUGUUCUAUCAGGCCCCGGCCGCCGCGCAGACUGACCUUCGCCCAGAAAUCAUACUGCCCCCACAUGAGAACCUCGUUGGGGUAACAGCUGGGUAAAACCGGGUUGCCCUCCGGAUCGAACCAUGCCUCGAUAGGAAACGAUCCAUCAUUAGGACCCCCCAAUGCCGCAGCCAGGAGUCGAACCGGUGACCUCCAAGGAGGAACCGGCCCAACAACCACAUGGGGAACCAAUUGUAGUUUUCUAAACACAUAUAAAUACUACGAACAUUACUUUAUAGAGGAAAAUGUUGUCAUUUAAAAGGGUAUUCUCUAUUUAUUAUUGUUCUUUGAUUAUUUGAUGAAGUAAAGUGGGGUGGUUGGAUA